AUGACUAUUCUCCUUGACAAAAGCGGAGCCAACGUUCCUAUCACAGAGGAUGUGGUCAAAGAGGCGGUCGCUGAUAAGCUGACGACGGUUCUCCUCGACAGACGCGGAGCCAAUAUCCCGAUCACAGACGACGUGAUGAAAACCGCGACAGAGAACGAGAACUGCGGGGAUAGACUCAUGGCGAUUCUCCUCCGCCAAAGAGCCGCUGUCCUUGCAACACAGGAUGUGGAUGAGACAGCGGUAGGGAAUCAUUCCAGCAUUGCUUUCAAUCAAAACGCGAGGUUGAUACAGGGCGAGUCUGAGAUUACUCUACCAUUAAUUCCGCGAGGAAUUGAGGUGCCUACUACAGAUCAAACCGAGCCUCCGUGA